AUGCCAAAUCUGUUGGUCAAAGAUAAAUACAAGCACUGUUUCAAAAUCCAGAUUGGAGAUGGCCUAACCACUCGUAUUUGGCAAGAUCCUUGGAUCAGUAGCUCAACUUCAGGUUAUCCACAAAGAGAUGUUUCAAACAACUCUGAAGCUCAAUGGAUAUUUAAUGAGACAGACAGUGCAAAGAUUCUGGAAAUCAAAAGCCUUAAUCCUGAUGUCAAAGACAAAUGGGUUUGGAUGAAUGAUGCUAAAAAGGACUUUUCUGUGGCUAAGACUUAUUCUACUCUGGUGGAAGACAAAUUCAGAAAGCUAAAUGUGGCUGAAAGCAGCAGGUCUGCAAGAAUGCUAAGGAAAACUAGAUCAAGAACAUGGAAGUUUAAGGUUAAAGGAAAGUUGAAACACUUUGUGUGGAAAUGCUUUUCUGAGGCUCUACCAGUCAAAGUUGCACUCAGAAGAAGAGGAAUGUUUGUUGAUGGGACAAAGUUCAGAACUUGGUGGGGAGAUGUAUGUUCAAUCAACAAGUUGGAGGUUUCUGAAGCUAGAAUAGAACUAACCACCUACAUUCUUUGGUGGUUAUGGAAGAUGCCAUCUAAGUCUGUGGUCAAAAUGGCUCCAAUGAUUGGCAGGAGUUUGCUCACAGAAGGAUGA